UCUCUGUAGGAGCCCAUGGAUGGGCCCCCUCAUUGGAGCUCUUAUCAGUGGAGAGCUUUAUUAGAGGCAUGCCUGAAGGAGGAGGGGCCACUCUUUCUUUCCUGUCAGGGUCGAGUCAGCUCCAAAAUGCAGCAGCUAAUCCUGCCCGUUCUCCUGGCAUCCUUUUGGACCAUCUGCACAGGAUCAGCAGAUUGGUGCUAUCAGUCCCAGUUCACCUGCGAUAAUCAGUGCAAUACACCAGGCUUGUGGGGCAAGACCUACAGCACCUGUGAUGGAAACUCCCAGUCGCCCAUCAACAUCAUCACCAGAAAGACUUUGAAAGACGAACGACUGACUCCUUUCAUCUUUACCAACUACCGGGAGAUCUUCAGUGACGCAAUGACGAACGUCGGCCACUCAGUUAAGGUUGGAGUUCCUCACCUCAGCACCAUCUCAGGUGGAGGCCUCCCGACCACCUACAAGGCUGUGGAGUUCCACAUUCACUGGGGCAACAACGAAAGGCCUGGCUCUGAACAUACCAUCGAUGGAGAGCAGUAUCCCAUGGAGCUGCACAUCGUUCACAUAAAGAACGAUUACACUGAUGUGCCAACAGCUCUAGCAGACCCAGAGGGAGUUGCAGUCCUUGGGUUCUUCUUUGAGACGUCCAAUAGGACAAACCAAAUGUAUAACCCCAUCAUCAGCGCUCUGCCAAGCAUCACAGCUUUAGAUAGCGAAACUCCUCUGGAGUCCAUCUCCCUGGCACAACUAAUCCCACCUGUGAAGAAUCUGACCAGCUUCUACCGCUACAAGGGCUCUCUGACCACCCCAGAGUGCAAUGAGGCUGUAAUUUGGACUGUGUUUGAGAGUACCAUCCCUCUGAGCAUGGAUCAGCUAAUGGCAUUCUCUGAGGUUCAGUUCAAAGAUGGAACGCCAAUGGUGGGGAACUUUAGGCCGGUCCAGCCCCUGAACGGUCGGCAGGUGUUCCGGUCAGGAGGCGCAGUGAUCCUGGUCAGUUCUACCCUUCUCCUGGCUGCCAUCGCCGCGGCCUUGGGACUGUCGCAACCCAACUAGCGCGAGGCAUCCUGUGCUGCACUGCGACAUCCAUGAACACAAUAAAUUCAGUUUCACUCCUCAGCUCAA